CCUAAAAUGCUGUCUGACUUAUUAAGUGCAACUAAAAGGAUUUCUUACAGUGCCUGUGCUACCCAGCUCUUUCUAUUUGCUAUGCUUGGGGAUGCAGAGUGCCUUCUGUUGGCUGUGAUGGCCUAUGAUAGAUAUGUGGCCAUCUGCAAUCCACUUCUCUAUUCAAAUGUAAUGUCGAAAAAACUCUGCCAGCAACUGAUCACUAUUGCAUACUUUACAGGCCUGCUGGAUUCAAUUAUAUAUACUUCCUGUACAUUCCGACUGUCUUUCUGCAGCUCUAAUAUUAUCAAUCACUUUUUCUGUGAUGAACCUCCACUUCUCAUACUCUCCUGUUCUGAGACAUAUAUUACUGAGAUUGUGGUAUUUACCAUUGAUGGCUUCCUUGAAGCAGGCAGCAUUGGUAUGGUUCUUGUUUCCUAUGUCUACAUUUUGGCUACCAUCCUGAGAAUGCCUUCCGUUGAGGGCAGGCACAAGGCGUUUUCCACCUGUGCUUCUCACCUGACGGCUGUCAGGAUAUUCCAUGGAACAAUUCUCUAUAUGUACUUCCGACCAAGUUCCAGCUAUUCCAUGGAUCAAGACAAAUGGGCUUCAGUGUUCUACACGGUUGUGAUCCCCAU